UCUGUAUCGAGAGCACGUGAUAAGAAAGUAAAAGACGCCGAGCGCUCGCGUUUCGCUAGCGUUCGACUACUUCGUGGUUCUUUAUUCCAUUACAACUUUUUGUGUAGAACACUUAGCAGGGCCUAGUGGGUAAUUUUUUACUUUCUUUCAGUGUACGCUGACAGGAUAACGUAAAGGUGAAAUAACGCGUGCGCAACGCGGGGAGCUACGUCGAGUUACUAAACUCUCGUGAAUGUGAAUCGUAUUUUCGAUGUACUACGCGCGGGUCGAAGACGACGACGUGCUGGCCGUUCUAACCGACGAAGACGACGAGCCUGCAUAAACCGUUAGGUGCGCGAGGUAUGUGCGCCUCUGUCCGUUGAAAAUCUCCUGCAGGAGCCGACGUGAGUCUGUCCACGUCCCGUCUCCCGGUGUGCUCCAGGGAAGAGAGCGCGCCUGUUCGUGGUACUUCUCAGCCGGCAGCUGCUACACCUUACGAGUGCAGGAGUUCGAGCGGCCUCACCAAGAGCCGCCGCCUCGCAAGCCGCUAACCGUAAAAGAAGCUCCUAGCCCGUGGCUGAUCACUGCGAAGAUGGCCUGCGCAACGCUCAAGCGAGCGAACAGCUGGGACCCGCUCAGCCCCAACGGAAAACCAGCGAAGCGACGAAGGUUCUUCGCACCAGCGUCGGUCGCCGCGCCACCAGCGCCACGUCAUACUGCUCCAACCAGGCCGCACCAGGCACGCUCGUCGCCCUUCGUCAACGCGACGCCGAGGGUGACGUCCGACGAGAUCGAAGCCAACAUCCGCGACGAGAUGUCGCGGCUACAGCGACGCAGGCAGCUGUUCGUGCAGCAGGGCCCGCCAGACGACAGUCCAGCCGUGCUCUGUACGCUGCCGCCGCAGGGCGCAAGGCCGGACCAGCCUGUCUUCACGUUCCGCCAGGUGGGCCUGAUCGUCGAGCGCAUGGUCAGCGAGAGAGAGAGGCAGCUCUGCGAGAUCUACGACGACGUUCUGUCGGCGAAGCUCGCCGAACAGUACGACGCGUUCGUCAAGUUCACGCACGACCAGGUCCAGAGGCGCUUCGAAGAGGUUACGCCGAGCUACCUGUCUUAGCGAUAGCCGCACCAUGGCGUAAGACAGAUCGAGUGGCAGCAAGAGUAAGUGGGCGUGGAAGAGCAUCAUGGCCUCGACAGCACCGGCGCUCAUCGUCGAGUGCGCGUUGAAUCGUCGUUUUGGCAUCUCAUUGAAAAACUGCAGCGCGUUGUCUCAUCAGCCGGUUGAACUGUAGAUAAGGCUAGCGCACGCAAGUGAUGCAGUACUGUGAAGAUUUCAUUUCGCGACUCCCAUGUCAUCUUUGCGUCAGCUUUGUCCCUGUAACGUAUGCUGCACCUUCUUUGUAAGCAACGCUGUUUGUCAUUAAAAGCUCUAGCAGGGCGUA